AUGGUAAUUGUUCAAUUUUUCUUCCCGCCCCCACCUGCAGAGUACUGCCUUGUGGGCUUGCAACUGUCGCCCCUAUCUCAUGCCUCUACCUCUCAUCCUCGCUUCCAUUCCUCUCCAGGUUUGUGCCAUGCCGUCAUUUGCUCCAGCAAUGACGAAGAGCAUGAUGCUGCUGAAGCAUUGGAGAGAAUGCCACAUGCCGAUGUUGAAGUUGUUGCCACUGUCGCUGUUGCUAAAGAGCGCACGCAAAAAGAAGAAGUUGCUGCCGCUGUCGCCGUUGCCAGAGAGCACGUGCAAAAAGAAGUUGUUGCCACUGUCACCGUUGCUAAAGAGCACGUGCAAAAAGAAGAAGUUGUUGCUGCUGUCGCCGUUGCCAGAGAGCACGCACAAAAAGAAGUUGUUGCCACUGUCGCCGUUGCUAAAGAGCAUGCGCAAAAAGAAGAAGUUGUUGCCGCUGUCGCUGUUGCCAGAGAGCAUGCACAAAAAGAAGUUGUUGCCGCUGUCGCCGUUGCUAAAGAGCACAUGCAAAAAGAAGUAGUUGUUGCCGCUGUCGCCAUUGCUAGAGAACACACACAAAAAGAAGUUGUUGCUAAAGUGCACGUGCAAGAAGUCGUUGUCGCCGCCGCCGUCACCCCUGUAUACACGCAAGAAGCCGAAGAAGAAGUUGUUGUCGCUGUCUCUGCUGCCCCCAUGCACGAGCAAGAGGAAGACAAAGAGGAGGAAGAAGAAAAGGAUGUAGAAAUGGAUGAGGUACAAGACGACGAGAAAGAAGAGGACGUUGAAGUCGCGUUCAUUACGCCUACCACCGCCAUCACCACAGUUCACCACCACCAACUUUGCCGUCACCAACCUUCUCAUGAUCCGCCCACUACUACUGUUCCUUUCACCAUUACUGCCUCCCGCCGUCAUCCUCACUUCCGCCGCCGCACCCAUUCCAUGCUUUUCUGCCCUUAUCCUCGCGCUCCUCGUCAUUACCGCCGCCGCCACUCUUCCAUCUACCUUUCACUUCGCUCUCUUAUUGCUGCCUCCCGGGGGGAAACCCUUAGUGUUAUGAUUUUAGUGAAAUAA